AUGCCAUCAGCUGUUUCUCCCCCGUGGCAAGAGAAGGCUAGUGAUUUCUUUCAAUCCUCAGGGGUGAAGCUUAAAGAAGCAGGGGAAUCUGCUGGAACUUUUGUGGGGGAGGUUGCGAAGGAUGCAAAAGGAAAUGUUGCCGAUGUGGCAGGGAAAGUUGGGUCAGUGGUCAAAAGCCGGUGGGUGCUUCUUCAACAGCCAUCUACAAGACAUGCCAUGCAGGAAAGGCUUAUUUCUGCAGCUGCAAGUACCAGCAUGUUUUUACGGAGGGGUCUUUCAGAGACGAAAGAGAAGGUUGUAUUCGGGAAGAUAAAGGUUGAAGAGGUAGCCAAGAAGACUGCACAAAAAAGCAAGAUUCUCCUGACUGAUAUUGAGCGAUGGCAAAAAGGAGUUGCAAGCACUGAUGUAUUUGGAGUCCCAAUUGAGAUUACUGUCCAGCGCCAAGAGUCCACAAGGCCCGUUCCUUUUAUAUUGGUGAAGUGUGCUGAUCAUCUCGUAUUAACAGGACUGAACUCACCAGAGUUGUUCAAGGCCCUUGGAGACAAAAAGGUGAUUCGGCAGUUAGUUUCCUUGUACAAUCAAGAACCAAAUGCAUCACUCCCAGAGGGUGUAAAUCCAGUUGAUGUUGCAGCCCUUUUGAAGUGUUAUAUUGCAAGCCUUCCUGAGCCGUUAACAACUUUUGAGUUAUAUAAUGAAAUCAGAAAUGCUCGCUCUAGCAUACAUCUGAUGAGAAAUAUAUUGAAGAGGCUUCCUACUGUCAACUAUAUGACUCUAGAAUUAGUUACUGCACUUCUACUCCGUACUAGUCAAAAGUCUCUUCUUAACAAGGCCUGCAAAGCCGGUUCAUGUUGGGCUCACGUGCCAAUUGUGACCGUUGGACCAACCAUCAAACUUUCACUUUUAAAAGUCAUACAGGGCGAGGAGGCUAGAAUGGUUGGUGACCCGCUCCCGGCUCCUCUGAUAUUUACAUAUGAUACACUUUAA